CAACAGCAACAACAACAACAACAACAACAACAACAACAACAACAACAACAACAACUCCAACAACAACAACAACAACAACAACACCAACACCACCACCAACAACAACAGCAACAGCAACAACAACAACAGCAACAGCAACAACAGCAACAACAGCAACAGCAACAGCAACAACAGCAACAGCAACAACAACAACAUACACAACAACAACAACAACAACAACAACAACAACAACAGCAGCAACAUCAACAACAACACCCACAGCAACCACAACACCAACCGCAACAACAACAACAACAACAACAAAAACAACACCAACAACAACACCACCACCAACAACAACAGCAACAACAACAACAACAACAACAACAACAACGACAACAACAACAACAACGUCAACAACAACAACAACAACCCACAACGACAACAACAACAACAACAACAACGAUAACAACGACAACAAAUAAACAAAAACACCAACAACAGCAACGGCAGCAGCAACAACAACAACAACAACGACAACAACGACAACAACAACAACAACAACAACAACAACAACAACAACAACAACAACAACAACAACCACAACAACAACAACAACAACAACAACAACAA